AUGGCUUCUGUUCAUAGAAAAGUCACUUUGAGGGUCACUAGCUCGUACCGGACAAUCUCUGAGCCAGCGGUUAAGGUCAUCACAAGUGUAAUGCCCAUUGAUUUAAGGGUGCAAGAAUGUAAGUAUGUUUUUGACAGCAAGGAAGACCUUGGAGUUGAGGAAGCAGAGCACGUUGCAAAAGUUGUGAGCAUGCUGAAAUGGCAAGUUUCCUGGCAUGCUGAUUCUCAUGAAAGUUGGACGAAAAUGUUCAUCGGUAACAUCACAGAGUGCAUGGAGAGACAGCACGGCGAGGUGGCAUUCUUCCUCACUCAGUUCUUGUUGGGCCCGGUUAUUUUGGGCCAGGAUGGAAAAAUGGGAGUUGCCACUUGCGUGUUUUGGGGAUGCACUUCAGGAUGA